AUGCCAUUGAUGACAGUGCAUUCAUUAUAUUUACGUUGGCCAUUUCAUUAUCGUCUUUGUUAUGUGUGGAUGUCCAUUGAUUUUACUUGUUCAACAGCAUCAUUCCUUACACUUGCGUCUAUGGCUCUAGAUCGAUAUUGGGCAUUAACAGGUAUUCCUCGCCUUAUUUUCAUUUGCGUAAUCGUUNUACAUUCAUUAUAUUUACGUUGGCCAUUUCAUUAUCGUCUUUGUUAUGUGUGGAUGUCCAUUGAUUUUACUUGUUCAACAGCAUCAUUCCUUACACUUGCGUCUAUGGCUCUAGAUCGAUAUUGGGCAUUAACAGGUAUUCCUGUUUUUCUUAAAUUUCUGUUUGGGUUAAAUUUAAUUGCUUUGAUAUUUUUAGCGCCUUAUUUUCAUUUGCGUAAUCGUUCCUAUUCAUCCGUAUUAAUAUUUAUAAUUAGCUCGUGGGCUAUCCCGUUUGCUAUAUGGCCAGGAUCAAUAUUUAUUUCUCACCAUUAUAGUACAAUAGAUCCGUCAUGUGUUCAUCCAGCACAUUCAGUUAUUAUCGUUGGAUUAUGUACAUUUUUUUAUUACAUCCCACUUCUAUUUAUGCUUGUUUGCUAUUCAAGAAUAAUAGUCAAUAUUAAAAAUAUUGAAGUAUUAAUCAAAGAUACAUGCGAUCCAAUGCAUUCAAAUGUCUCUAGUAAUAAUUCAAAGUCGUCUGCUGUAGUACAAGCAUUACGUUUUGAUGAUUCAGCUCGCAAGGAUAAAACCAGUAGUGCAACAACAACAUCAACAACACCACUUUCAUCAAUACGCUUUCGUUGUUAUAAAUAUUUUCAACGAAAUCGAGCAGUGAAAUCAAUGAAAACCGAAUCUCUAUCGCAUAAUAAAAAUCUACGCAUGAUGCAUGAAGUGACAAAACCUCGAUCAAGCUCAAAUGAAUAUCGUCAACAUAUAAAUUCGAAACGACGAUCAAAUACAGUUGUUCAAGAUGCUACACCAAAGUUUAUAAACACAGAAAUGGGAUCGCCGCCUUCGUCUUCUGCUAUUCAUCACCGUUUAUGUCGACCGCCAACAACAACAACAACAACAACAUUCAAAGGACAAAAACGUUCUUUGAACGAUACUGAUGAAGAUAAACGAUUACAAAAGAAUUCCAUCGCUAGUCAAGAUGAUGAACAACAACGAUUAGUUCGAGCUUGUAUUAAAACCUAUAGACUAUCAUUACCAGCUAUUCGAUAUGAAUCUUGCUGUUACUAUCAACAUUCCGCACCUGCACAUACAAUAAUGACAAAAGCAACUAUUGAAGAUCAACAUCGAACUAUUGUGAAUAAUCAUCAAUAUGAUAAUUCCCGUCAGAACUCUGUAGCAACUGAACGUAGUCCAUCACAAUCGCCUUCAUCUGCUGAGCGCAAUGAAAGUGGGAGUCUGAAAGGAGUACAUACAUCAAGGCACGAUUCAUCGUUGGAUAUAACGAUGGAUGAAGAUAAUCGUCAUGUGAAUCAUCGCAACCAACCAUUAGCCUCGUCAAAACCGCGUAGUUCAAGUCGUUAUAGCCAACAUGCCGUAGCUCAAUUCAUGCAUGAAAGACGUAAAGCAUGUUUAAGACGAAAUCAAAAAGCCAGUCGAAUGCUCGGAAUUUUACUCGCUGUUUUUCUUAUUUGUUGGCUUCCUUUUACAAUAUUUUAUCCAACAUCGAUAUUUUAUCCAAAAAAAUUUUCUAGUGGACUUGAAAGCAUCACAUUUUGGUUUGGUUAUGCCAAUUCAUUGCUGAAUCCUUUUCUAUACGUGUACAGUUCCCGCAAUUUUCGUCAAGCCAUUAUUGAAACAUUAUGUUGUCAUGUUCGAUUACGAGCACGACAACGAUUACGUUAUCAAUGGUCUAUUCGUGCCGGCCAAAACUAG